AUGUUGGUGCUAAACUGUUCUACCAAAUUACUGAUUCUGGAGAAAAUGUUGAAGAGCUGCUUUCCUGAAUCACUCAAGCUGAAUUUCUUGAGCAAGGAGACUGCACUAUGCCUGGUUUUCAAAUGGUUGCAGAGUGAGUUAUAUGAUGUUUCCAAAGCAGUUGCCAACUCAAAGCAGUUUAAUGUAAAGCUAACUUCCUUCAAGGCUGUUCAUCUUUCUCCUGUUUCAACUCUGCCAGAUACCAGUUUCCUGAAUGGGCCUUUCCCACGACUAACCUACCUAAGUGUUGCCGAAGCGGAUCUACUCAACCGGACUUGGUCGAGGGGCGGCAAUGAACAAUGUCUCCGGUACAUCGCCAACCUCAUCGCCUGCUUCCCUAGUGUGUGUGUCCGGGAUGAGAAGGGAAACCCGGUCUCCUGGUCCAUCACAGACCAGUUUGCCACCAUAUGCCAUGGGUACACCCUGCCAGAACAUCGCAGGAAAGGUUACAGCCGGCUGGUGGCCCUCACGCUGGCUAGGAAGUUGCAAAGCCGGGGAUUCCCCUCUCAGGGGAACGUCCUGGAUGACAACACCGCAUCUAUAAGCCUACUGAAGAGUCUCCAUGCUGAGUUCUUGCCUUGUUGCUUCCACAGGCUUAUUCUCACCCCUGCGACUUUCUCUGGCCUGCCUCACCUCUAG